UUUGUCCUGAGAGUGGGUCCUAUCUGGAUCAAUCCUUCUGGAUUGGGACGGCCAGCCGCGCGGGGCGGAAUGGGGAGAUGGGACGGUUUAAAAUCACCAUUCCAAACACUCACGCUACUCCACUCAGCCAACGGCGUCUCUUGCGUGAAUCAUCUAUCACCUAUCUUGUCUUCCGGCAUGGACGCUGACAUCGACAGAGUGUCUGUAAGGUCAAAGGACUCGAUUGCAAGCAGUUCUUCAGUGCUAUCGACCCUCUGGUCAAAGGUCACUUCCUCUUCCAGAAAAUUGUCAUCAUCGCUCGGCGAUAUAUGUUCCUACAUCAAAUCUACUCCAACGCUCAUCUUCAUUAGGAAACAAGAGGACGGUUUUAGGCACGAGUACCUGCUUUUACGGCUAGCGAAACCUACUGGAGAGGAAUUCUGGGUGCGUCUAGAGAGAAAAGGGCCAUUACGUCCUCUCGGCAAGGUAAUAACCAGUGAAUCGGAAGCAAACGACAUAGCGAUUCUCUCUGGGAAACCUGUCUCCCUAUUAGGUAAAGGGAACAGUGUCGAGAAGACGAGAAUCAUUUUCCGCGCCCCGCCUUCGCUAAAGGACUUGCUUCAUGUCCUCGAUGCAAUUAGGGAGGAAUCGAAAGAUUAUCAAUUGUGGCCGGUACGACAUGAACUCAUAAAUCUCUUGCUGCAUCGAUAAUGCUGCCGGUGUUUCCGGACUGCUAGGAGAACUGUUACUUUUUUGUAUCUGUAGUCGCCGAACAUCUAUACCGUCUGGAUAGAAGUGCUGAAGUUAUCGGGACUUUAAGAUGGCUAGAUCUUGCAGAUGAAGCCCGUCAAAAGAUUCACCGAAGCAUCGCCUCGCAUGGGACUCCUGCCCUCUUUCCCGACAAGUUUCCCGGAAGCAGUACUGCAGUUGCAGGCGCUGGAGGUAGUGGUAGUGAACAGGAGUUCACUCUUCCGGCAUAUAUGAGAAGCUUAUUUCCUUCCGCAUCACUCUCCAACCGGCCCAUUUAUGGAAGACUAGGUGCAAUCGACACGCCUUCUGGUUCGACCGUCUCAUCUAAUGAAGAUCGAAUAAUCGUUUCGAUCGACUUUGGGACGACUUUUAGCGGUGUAGCAUAUGGUUCAUCACGUAUUGCAGGGGGU